GAGAGUGCGAGCGUGAGCAGAGCCUCCCGCUGCAGGAGGAAGGGAGUGACUGAGGGGCUGGCGAAGGAAGGGACAGGAUGGCUUAGAAGCCUCUGGCCACAGGACCCCACAGCAGGGAGGAGCUCUAGGCAGAGUCGGAGGCUGUGGUAAUGGCUGGGGCUGGAGAGUCCCCUCGAGGUCCCUGAGCGCCCCUGCACCGCCUCUAAGGGAGGUCCAGAAGUUAGCAUCAGUGGGACCCGGCAGCUCCGAUCUCAACAAAUAUACAGCACAGUAUCAUUAACUAUAAUAGCCACGCUAUACAUCACAUCCCCAGGACUUCAUUUGCAACUAGAAGUUUGUACCUCGUGACCACCUUACCCAUUUCGCUCGCCCCGUACACCCUCUCCCUGGCAACCACCAAUCUGUUCUCCGUAUCUGUUUUUAGACGGCAGGGAAUUACUGUGUCAAGAUUUUUAAUGGUGGGUCUACACAGCGAUUUGUCAUAUUCGUAAGUGCUUGGACAGCCACAGACUCCUCCCCUCAGACAGUAGGAGUGACCACAUGGUGAAUCAGACACUCACUGCCUUUUCCUUUCUGUCUGCUGCUAAGAUCUGAGACAUAAAGAAAGGAGACAGGGAGAUAUAAAGAAGAAAGCACAGGCUCUGGGCCCUGUGAGCAAGAAUCCAGAUACCCACUCUGCCAGCUAUGGCUGGUGAUUCUAGGAAUGCUAUGAACCAGGAUAUGGAGAUUGGGGUCACUCCCAGGGACCCAAAGAAGAUCCCCAAACAGGCCCGUGAUUACAUCCCCAUUGCCACUGACCGUACUCGCCUGCUAGCAGAAGGCAAGAAGCCCCGCCAGCGCUACAUGGAAAAGAGUGGCAAGUGCAACGUCCACCAUGGCAAUGUCCAAGAAACCUACCGAUACCUAAGCGAUCUCUUCACCACCCUGGUGGACCUCAAAUGGCGCUUCAACCUGCUUGUCUUCACCAUGGUCUAUACCAUCACUUGGCUGUUCUUCGGUUUCAUUUGGUGGCUGAUCGCUUACAUCCGGGGUGAUCUGGACCAUGUUGGUGACCAGGAGUGGAUUCCUUGUGUUGAAAACCUCAGUGGCUUUGUGUCUGCCUUCCUGUUCUCCAUUGAGACAGAAACCACCAUCGGGUAUGGCUUUCGGGUGAUCACAGAGAAGUGUCCGGAGGGGAUCAUACUCCUCUUGGUCCAGGCCAUCCUCGGCUCCAUCGUCAAUGCCUUCAUGGUGGGGUGCAUGUUUGUUAAGAUCAGUCAGCCAAAGAAGAGAGCAGAGACCCUCAUGUUUUCCAACAAUGCAGUCAUCUCCAUGCGGGACGAGAAGCUCUGCCUCAUGUUCCGGGUGGGUGACCUUCGUAACUCCCACAUUGUGGAGGCCUCCAUCCGUGCCAAGCUCAUCAAGUCCCGGCAGACCAAAGAAGGGGAGUUCAUCCCCCUGAACCAGACAGACAUCAAUGUGGGCUUCGACACUGGGGAUGACCGUCUCUUCCUGGUGUCUCCACUCAUCAUCUCCCACGAGAUCAACGAGAAGAGCCCUUUCUGGGAGAUGUCUCGGGCCCAGCUGGAUCAGGAGGAGUUUGAAGUCGUGGUCAUUCUAGAAGGGAUGGUGGAGGCAACAGGCAUGACUUGCCAAGCACGGAGCUCCUACAUGGAUACCGAGGUGCUCUGGGGCCACCGAUUCACACCAGUCCUCACGUUGGAAAAGGGUUUCUACGAGGUGGACUACAACACCUUCCAUGACACGUACGAGACCAACACGCCCAGCUGCUGUGCCAAGGAGCUGGCAGAAAUGCAGCGGGAAGGCCGGCUCCUCCAGUACCUCCCGAGCCCGCCCCUGCCGGGGGGCUGUGCUGAAACAGGGCUGCGUACAGAGGCCGAGCAGGAGGGAGAGGACGAGCCUGAGGGGCUGAGUGGGUCCCGGGAGAACAGGGGCUCCGUGUGAGGACUGUACUCGCCCCCCGACCCCCCCUCCCUGGCCUCUGAGCACAGUACCUGCUGCAGAGCUGGGGGGAGGAGGGGUGAAGGAGCUGAGUGCGCUGUUGGGGGGCCCAGGAGCCAUCCAGGCUCUGUGGGGAGGAACAGGAUAUCCGUCCUGGAAUCUCCCAGCUCAGGCCUCCCUGAGCAUGUGGCCCCGCGCCUGGACCCCUGAGGCAGCCCUGCCUCUCUGCUCCCAGCUUCCGUCAGCACGGCUCAGGGCCAGGCCGGGAUGGGGUUCCCCACAGUGAGAGCUACCGGGCAGCCUCUGUCUCCGCACACACGUCCCACUGGCCAGGGUCACCUCCCUGCUUGGGUCUCACAGACCGACCAGCAGCUCCCCUCCAGGGGCUGACACCUGGACAGGGCCGUCCCCCCCCAAUUCCUACCACCCGGAGGCUUGCUGUGGGUUCCGCGUGGAGAGAUUCUGCCCACCUGGAAGCGCCACCCCCUGGUCCCAGAGUGAGCUCGCAGACCUCAUGCGUCAAGGUCCAUGCGAGUUAGGCCGGCAGUCCCUGUCAGCUCCCAGCCUAUUGUCCACUGCCUGAGAGCCAUGGAGGACGGGGCCCUAAUGGUCUCUUAUCAUCUGUGAAGCAUAUGCGUCUCCUCUGCUGUGUUCUGCGUGUCACGUGUAGCCUACUAGAUAACUGAUCUCCUUACAGUGACCCUCAGAAGGUGGCUUGGGCCACAGCGCAGCCCCGAGCACAUGGAAAGCUGUCAUCAGCCGCGUCCUGGCCAUUCCCGACCGCACGGGGGCCCGCUGCUCCCACCCAACGGAGAACCCAGCGGCCCGUUCUUUUCUGGUACUUCUGGCCCCAGAAUCUCAAAGUACUUAUAACCUUCACCAUAGCUCUUUUCCACCGCCUCAGCCUGGGGUGUGAUCCAUGGAGAAAGCUGGGGUUCCGAAGGCAAGAUGAGCCAGUCAGGACGGAAACCAGGAGGGGGGAGGAAAACAGAGGGGCAAGGAAUUAAAUGUUUAAAAUAAGCAUCCCCACCAAUCACUGCAGAGAUAUUCUGACUCAGGCUCAGCACCCCUAUCUGGGGGGAGGUGGAUGGGAGGCACAGCGAGGGGGUUCCCCCCCACCCGGGAUGACCUGGCCUUCAGGUCCAGCUGAGAAGCCCCUGGGCCUCCUCCCCACAGACUGGGCCGGGAGAGCCCACAUGAGGCCUCAAAAGGGGGAAGGGGAGGAGACGGGUGAGGGCAAUCCGUGGGGGAAUUGGAGAGCCAGUGAGCCUCAAGAGAGAAAAGAGCAGAGAGCAGAGAAGAGCGUUAAAAAGGACAACUUGCAGAGGGCUCUUCUUUUCCGGUCUGGAGGCCCAGGAAGAGGACAAGGGGACAGGGUGCAUUGUCGUGUCAAUGAGGCGCGUCUGGUAUGUGUUGAGGCCGACAGGGCCUGAGUAGCUGACCUGGACCUGGAGAGAGGUCGCAAAUGUUUCCUGGCCACAGAAUUAUGGAGCCACAGAAUUAUGAUUUUCACAGCUCUCAGCUUGCCUUUGAUAAUGGAAGCAUUUACCUGCUUGCUCCGAGGCACCUUCCCUGGGAGUGAGCACAGCACCCAAGUGAGGCAGAGGUUAAGGCGGAGCAAAGGGAAUGGCUUUGGGAUCUCAGGCCCACAGCCCCUCAGGCUGGGUGUUCUAGGUCCAGGGGUUGGUGAGAAGAGGAGACAGGCAGCCUGAGGUGGGGAACUACCUCUCGUGGGGCUGUCAUAUGCAGAGGAAGGGGAUCCUUGUGUUUGGGCCUGUGGAUCUUGAGAGGAGGGCCUGGAUCUUGAGAGGAGGCACAGGGACACAGGGAGCAAGAGGGGCCCUUCCCUCCCCAGGCAUGGGGCUGAAUCCUGAUUCCAGGCGUUUUUCUGUGGCAAAGCAGGUCUGGAGGGAAUGGAGAAUGCCCUGGAAUCCUGCCCCCAUGGAAAAAGGAAGCAGGCAGCCUUGAGCACCCCGGUGGGGAACUACAUGCUAUCAGGAAUCUAAGGAUGCCUUGGGGGUGGUGGGAGGAUCUACAGCUGGAACUCUCAGUGUGGGGUCAGUACUCACCCUGGGCCUGGCAGACCUGGGGCUUGCACAGCAGGACUAUUUCCUCGCCCCCCCACCCCCCAGCCAGAUCUAAAACUGGCCUUAGUCAAAACCCAUCAGUGCCUCUCAGUGAGGCAGCUAAGCAAGGAUGGGGACAGCGAGCCACUCCCCAGUUCUCGAACUCUGCGGCGGCCUCCGUGAACCCAGGCCCUAUCAUGUCUCUGCCAACUAUAGAAGCCGUACCGGCUGGAGAAGCAGAUGAGAUCAGUACAUCCCAGCUCCCUGAGAGGUCAGAGCCCACAGCACUGCGAUUAGUCAUAUUAGCUGCUUUCUCUCAUGAAAAUUCAAAUGCAGGAAGACUGCCUUUCAUAUCCCAAGGAAGUCCUUCUUCAUGUCCAGUUGAUACAACUGAAGUUAGAAACAUCCUUCAGAUAGUUUUCUGGAAGUUCUUGUGUAAACAUGCACUCACUAAGUGUAAAGUCAAUGAGGGCCAGAGUUUCAGUCGAUCACACACCAGUCACAUGUGGGUCAUAGCACUGAGCUAUAGAACUCUGAGCCCACGCAUCACUUCUGAUGGGUCACAGAGCUGAGCAAAGCCAGUCUAUAAGGUGAGCCCACUGGUAACUCCCAUAGGCUUCAACAUCUCCCAAAUCCCAAAGCAGGAUCUCACAGGUCAGUGCCUGAAAGCAUUGGAAGCUAACUUCCUGUCUUAGCUUCCAAGACCUCCCUCCCUGAAAUCGUCCCCUAUAAGGGAGGAGCCCCCGAGAACUCAGAAGCAGGUAAGCUCCCAGUAAGUCUGACCCAUGUAGUAGUUGACAGCAUCGCCCAGGACCUUGUUUCCAGACCAGGUAGAAUGGGUGUUGCCUGUGACCCCCACCUUCAGGGGCCGCCUUUGGGCAACCAGAACCCACAUCCUGUCAUUUCCUUCGCUGCUUUAAGAUCCUGGCCUGAGCCGUUGACCUCGCUGGAGGAGAAAAAGCCUGUGUCUGUCUGGGGAGAACCACCCCCCCCCUUGCUCACCGCCUGCAACAACUGGGCACCUUCUUUCACAGUCCUUAUCCCAGGCCCUGCUUUCCAGUCUGCCUCCACCACGUGUCCCAUGUGAGGGCCAUAGCAACUUAAAAAUUUUGUACUGAAAUUACCAAAAACAAACACACACACACACAAAAGUUGCCUGUUGUGUCCUAAGAUGCCCUGAACACAGAUCGGCGCAUACGCCCUUUCCGGAGCACCUACUAUGUGCCCAGCAGUGGGUUAGGCGCCUCACCUGGAUGACUGCACUUAAUUCUCAAACGCUACAGAGAAGCUCUUAGUAACCCCUUGUUACCAAUGAGAGAAGUGAGGUGCCGAGAGGUUAAUUCGUUUGCUCAAGGCCAUAGAUGAUAAUAGGCAGGGCCUGUGAGCCAAGCACCUCCCCAGCAAAUACAGAGAGGCUAUCAGCGUGCAUAGCAGGAGUAAGGAGAGCCCCACCUCUUCUGAUCACCAAUUUCUGGGCUGUGCUGUGGAGCUUCAGCUUCCAUCCACCAGCAAUCUUCUCCUGUGGCAGGAUAAUUGGGAAACACCUUUUUCUGAUGCCUAGAGAAUUAAUGAGCUGUGAAAAGAAAUAGAUGGGGAAUUAUUGCUUUCUGGAAAAAGCCACUUAUUCUGCUUGGCUUGUUUUUUUUGCUAACGACAUCUCCUUAAACUGCUGUGUCAAAUCUCUUUCUCCCUGUGUAAGAUUUGUCAAUCUUCUUAUUAAAGAGAACAUCCUUGCACUGCUAAAAAAAAAAAAAAAAAUCAUCCAAUAAAGUGGAUUUGAUCUUACAGAACACUCUUUCCCAUUUUAAGUAGAUGGCCACGGGGUUUCCCGUUCAA